GCAGACAGUGUGAACUAUGACUCGCCCUUGGCACUCCUGCCUCCACUUGUGAGUGUGAUCUGUAAAGCUAGGAUCGUCCAUGCAUGAUCGCCUUCCUGUCCGUCCAGCACCCUGACGCGAAGUGUCUAGCAUUGCUCACUGCAUCAGCUUACAUUUUCGCGAUUGUUGUGGGGCGUUUUUUCUCCCUCACUGCUGCAUUAUUGGCGCCCCCAGAUUACGCUCUUGACUCCCCAUCGCUGAUCCAGUUUGGCGAGGGCUCGAGAUCGGAAACAAGCUUACUAAUUUCCUGACUUAGCCGCAAUGCCGUCGAAGCUCCAGGAAUGGCUAGAUAUUCCGCCAGGGACCAUACUGCAGCAUCUCCCGACGGGAUCCUGGCGGAACUUAUCAGAGGAGGAAGGCUACAUCCUCCUUCACACGAUCGUCGUCGCCACGGGCACGUGGGCUCUGCUCUUCCUCACCCUCCGCCUCUCGAUUCUGUCGCGAUUCUCCUUCGACUUCUGUAAUCGCGCCGUCUCUCAGGUGCAUGUGAUCAUCGCACUCGCCCUCUCCACAAGAGCGCUUAACUGGUCGGAUCCUCUUGGAAACUUUGGAGGCCCCAACACCCUCCCUCAGGUGCAAGCCAUGGUGAUCAGCCUGAGCUACUUCCUCUACGACUUCGUCUGCUGCAUGUUCGACGUCACCUUCGACUGGGCCAACGCCUUCCACCACGUCUUCUCAAUAUCCGGAUUCGCCUUCGGCCUCAUCACCGGUCGGUGUGGGGAGGAGCUAAUGGCGUGCCUGUGGCUGGUGGAGCUGUCCAACCCGUUUAUGCACGCUAGGGAGAUGCUUCGCGAACUCGAUGUGCCCAAGUCUCCUCUCACCUUCGCCGUUGAUCUGGCGUUUCUCAUCUCCUUCACAGUAGCCCGCAUGGUCGUUGGGCCGCUGGUAACAUGGCAAACUGUCAUUGGGACAAGCCCCACUGCUGUCAAGGUUGGCGCAGUGGCAAUCCUAGCAGUCAGCACGUUCUGGUUCUCCAAGAUCCUCAAUGUAAUAUUUCGCAUGCUUAGGCAGAAGCCUAAGCAAAGCUAAGCGGGCCAGGCAGUCUAGGUUCAAGUCAAGAAAAUAAUCUGUUGCACAAUUUUGUCAAUAGCUAUCUUCCGGUUUAAUUUCAAGCAGUGCAAGGUGGAUGCUCAACCAUGGCGACGCACGAAAAUGGACACCACCUAGUGGUGUUCGUGCAUGGUAUGGCAUGACCACAAGCAA